CUGCUGUUUUUGUCUAUUUGUUGUUGUCGUCGUCGCUGCUGCUCAGUGUUGUAUCUGGCACAGUUGGGUCUCCUCCUCCUCCUACCCCCCCACUCUUCUCGCUCUCUGUUUAGUUGACGCUAACCAAACUGCAGUUCGCUCACAUACACCCAACGAAAGGAAGAGCAUUUUAUUUAUAUAUAAUAUAUAUUAUUGGUAAAUUAAAGAGCUCUGAGUUAGAGACAUAUAUUUAUAUCUGGAGAAAGAGAGAGAGAGAGUGAGUGAGAACAAGGAAAGAAAAAAAAAUAGCGAGAGGAAGAAAGAAAGACAAGCAACAAACGACCAUUCCAUCCAUAUUCAUAUGGCAUUGUUUUUCCUUUCUCUUGGAGUCAUGUUAUUCGCAUUUUCACUUUGAUUUUUCCCCCCCUCUCAACCUUAAUUAACAUUCUGGUUUUUCCAAUGUCUGACUUGUCCACGGAGCAACCGUUCAACGUUCUGUCUUGCCCACCAAAGGAACCGGAGGAAAUUCAAGACGUUAUCAUUGAUCACCUGAAGCAGUUCUAUGGAGAAACUGCAAGUAUUGGAUUCAGUUCACCGUGGGGAAAAUUUCCAGAACUUCGGACACAGGACCUCAACCUCUGCCUGUAUCGGGUCCUGGACUUCCGAAACAGGAAUGAUAUACCAGACAUCACUUCUAUGUACCAUGACAGUAAUCAGCCCCCUUAUAGGUGUCAUGAAGUGUCCAUUUAUGACCUCUUCUCACCAGUUCAACACAAUCUCACACAAAUCACCUUAGUCGAGAGUGAUGUCCAUGAGCAACGAUUGCUCUGCUGGAAGUUAUUAUACGACUGGUCCACAAAGACAAUGGUGUCGUCUCCUUUCUAUGUGAACAAGUUCACCAUCAUUAUUUAUGUAGACUGUCUCCAAGUAUCAACAUUGUCGGAUAUAAAACCUUCAGAGGCAAGAGAGAGGUUGGUUUCAUUAGUGAAUAUUUUGUUCAAUCCGUUGAUCCAAGAGAAGAAAUGCAGCUGCAAGGAUAUCUGCGAUUGGCUGGUUUCCAUCCAAAACGAUGUACUUGUUAUUCUUGAUAACUUUGAUUAUGUAAAUGAUUCCGGUAAAGAAGACCUCCGUGGUAUUCUCAGUUCUCUGUGUUUACCUGAGGCACAGCUGCUAAUAUCUUGCCGUCCAAGAUUCGCCAAUCGACAACUCUGUGAUCAAAUGUUUCUUAAUGUUGGACUCCAGUUUCAUUGUAGUUUUGUGUUCCUUCAAGAAAUGCUGCUGUCAGACUUCUCUGCAUUGGAGGUGUCACUUUUGAUUCAGAAGGUUCGGAAAGAUUUGGUGCUUACUAGAAUUCUCCGGAAUGUCUAUACACUAGUUCUGCUAGCAUGGCUUAUUAUAGACAACCAUGCUAAACCAAAGACUAAUAGUAUUUAUCAUUUGUACAGAGAACUUACGCAAUGUGCCCUUAGUCGGUACUAUACCAAAUUUCAAAUUCUUCCCGAAAGACAUUUAAUAUCUGUAGUUUUGAAGAAAUUGUCCACACUGUCUGUAAAAAUGUGGAAAUCAGAGAGGUCAUUCUGUAGCCCUAAAGAAAUAGAUUCCCAUUUCUGGCAGCUCCCCAAUACUCAUCUUGGUUUCUUUGUUGAGGCCAAACUUCUUCCUUUGCAAAAUUCCACAUCAUAUUACAUGUUUCCUAGCACAAACUUUUUAGAAUAUUUUGUGUCUGUUUACAUUGCUGAACAUACAGACAGGUAUGAGAGAGAUAAUCUUUUAGAGUGGGUAUUAAGUCGAGAAAUGGGUUUCCUCUGGGUAGUGUUAACUGGUUCCCUUAUGUCUUGUUAUGAUGAGGAUGCAGUUCGCUGUUUACUAGAUGUCAUGGCAAAUAUGAGUCGGAAGAAAUGUGUUGGCAUCGGAAUCUUUGAUAAAAUCACAAGGGGCAAUGUGCAUGACUAUGACUUGUGUUUAGAGUGCCUUAGUCAGAUCUAUUUCCCUUCUUCUCUUAUGAAUUGUGUUGUGGAACAUUUUCCAGAUGUUUUAGAGUUCCACAUUCAGAGAUGCCCACCUCAAGUUCUUGAAAAUUUCUGUCGACUUGCAAGGCUCUGUCGAUUAAGGAUCCGUGGCAUCACUCUUCAUUUAGAUGGCAUGGAGGAUCAAUAUUUCUUGUGUAUAUCCCUGGCACACGCUAUAAACCGACUAGAAAAUUUGACCACACUACUUAUACACUGUGAAAGUGUGUUCAACAGUCAGUACAUUGUCGAUAUUGUAUGCGAAAUAUUUAAAAAGAAUAAAUAUAUACGAACUUUGUCCUUUUGUGGGGAAAUGAACAGGGCUGGCAAUUUCACACCAAUAAUGUACAAAAAGGUACGAUCAGUUUUCACAAGUGACAUAGCUUUGCGCAUGCUCUGUAUAGACAACAUUCAUAAUCGCCAUCGUUUAGCAUACAUUCUUAAUGUGUUUCCUCACAUUUUCGAGAAAAUUGAACUAGCAAGAUGCGACUUGGAAAGUGCUACUGAGAAUCUUGUAGGUAAAAUCAAGUUCUCAAAGAACUUCUCCAGUUUUUCGGUCAGCAACUGUGUUAUCAGCGUCACUUCUGUGAAUCGUAUUUUAGAAGAGCUGCUGAACUGUGAAGGCCUACGCAAGUUGAACCUUAGUCUACUGUCACCACUGCGUAACUUCAGCUGCAUUGAUAUCCGUUCCGGUGCAUUUAAAGUUGCAGUUGAUGACAGCGCAUGUGAAAAAAUCAAACAGAUGAUUCUCAACCUCCCUCAACUAACGGAACUCAUCCUUUGUCAAAACCGAAUCGGAGACAAGCAGGUGCAGCUCAUCCUGCAAGCCAUAAUCGAUACCGGUCGCUUAGAACAUCUAGACUUGAGUGGUAAUGUUAUAGGGGAUGCCAGUGGCAGCCUCUUACAGAAGAUGAUGACUGAGUGUAGCAGUUUGAAUGUGUUGUGGCUCUGUUCAAAUGACUUCUCUGAGUCAAUGAGAAAGCAGUUGCUUCAGACUUCUAUAGGAUUGGACCAGUUAAAGUUAAUUGUUGAAAGAACUUGAAUUUUGCGAGAUCCGUAAUAUUCAUAAAUUGUUAUAUUCUUGACCAAACAUACAAAUAACAAAAAAAAAAAAAAAAAAAAAAAAAAAAUCAAAAACAAAUCAAAAAUCAAAAAAGUAGAAAAAAUUUGAAGAAAUAUAUAUAAAAAAACCCAUUACAUUGUUAUUCAUUUUUCAUUGUUCAGUGCACAACUUGUGUGCAUUGCAUGCUCUUUUUUUUUAAUGAUAUAAGCUUGCAUUUAGCAUUUCUUUUUGCAAUUGUUUUUAAAGGAGAAAAAAGAUGGCGUACUUUAAAAGGCCACAUUGGAAUGACAAACAACGAAGAAAAAUAUAUGAGAGAGAGAGAGAGAGAGAGAGAGAGAGACAAGUGUAAAGUUAUAAUGGGUAAGUGGAUUGUUGAGACAGAUAGAAAGAAAGUGUUUGAUUGUGAGAGAAGGAUAAAGAUAUGAAGAAAGAAAAGCAGAGAGGGACUUAAGGAGACAGAGGUAAUGGGAGAUGGUGAGAGAUGUAAGAAGUCUUCAUAAAAAGGGGUUAAGAAAAAAGGGGAUGGAGAAAAAUAAGAGUUCAAAGAAAGUUAGAAAGGACAUAGCAAAAAAAAAAGGAUAUGUGUGUGUGUGAAAGAAAGAGAAAAAAAGAAAUAGUUUUUCAUGGGAGACCUGAUGGUAUGAAAGAUAUUGAAAGAAAGAUAGAUAGAUAGAUAAAUAAGAGGAAUCUGAUUGAGAAAGAAAGGAAAUAAGGUGGAUGGAAAGAUAAAUUGGAAGGUCUCCUUGAUAGAACAAGGUAGAAAGUUAAUAAAAUAAAAAGAAUGUCUAAUAAAAGGACAAGUAUUCCAAUAGCAGUUUGGUCUUUAUGAAACUAAGCCAAUGCCAAAAAGAAAAAAAAAAAAGGAAACAAGAAGAAGCCAUAGUGAACCAAGCUAACAUGGUUUUCGUAUGAGGUAUUAGUAUCUGGGCUGACUGCCAGGCCAGUGUUUGAGAUGAAAACUAAUUUGAGGUUUUUUUACCCUUGGCAAGUUUCACAACACAAGAUCUUCUAUGACAUCAAAUAAUGCAUACAUCUUAUAUGUAUGUGUGUAUAGUUGCUUGUUAGAAACUGAAGUAUGACGUAGCAAAUUAUGGCUAACUUGGGAGGGAGGGAAUGAAGCAGAGGAGAGAGAGAGAAAGAAGUGUGUUUGUACAUGCAUGCAUGCGAGAAAGGACAUUGCUAGAUCUUUCAUUUCAAUGAGUUUGAUGAAUUGCUCAGAUGAGCUGUGGAUUUUUUUUUUUGAGCUGUUGAGUCACCUUCCUUACAAAAGUGCUCAAUAACUUUGUAUACAUUAACCUUAUAUUAAGUGUAUGUGUUUUGCAGAUAUAAUUGUAUGAACUUUGUAGUAAAUGCACUCAAUUUAACAAUGUGUGUGUAUAUACACACAUGUAUACAUGAGUACCAUUACACUGGACAGUAUAUUACUGUGUAAUAUAAACUGUGUGUGCAUGUGUAUGAGCAUGUCAGUUUAAUUGCAUUUUAGACAUCACUUCACCAGUGUCAGAUUCUUGGCUCCCAGCUGCUGCCAUCUUUUAUGACCUUAGCAACCAUUUUGAUAUUCAUGUUACACAUCGAAUACCCACAUGAACUAUAUUCAGCUUCUACAUAUAUUAGCUACCAUUUUACUAUUUGGGUUAUCAGCACUUCAACAGUCAAUUGACUUUCGAAUCACACACACGUCCUAUAUUCAGCUUCCUUACCUUAGCAGUUAUUUGACAUUCAGCCUACAUGUUUUUAGCAGUUGACAUUCAAAAUGUGCAUUCACACACACACACACGUGUUUACGUACCUAGUUAUUUGAUAUUCAAAUCACAAGCAUACACAAAUUCAGUUUCUAUUUCCUCAGUCAUUUGAUAUUCAAACCAACACACACGUUCUCUCUCUCAUUUUCACACACACACACACUUUCAGGUAUUUGAUAUUCAAAUCACACACACACAAAUUCAGUUUCCCCAGUCAUUUGAUAUUCAAACCAACCACCCAUUCUCUCUUAUUCAUACACACACACACACACACUCUCUCUCUCUCUCUUAAGCUCACGUACCUUGAUAUUCAAAUCACACACUCGUACAUACAUUACAUUUACACUUAAUGCAUUCCACUUCUAUACCUUGCAAGUAAUUUGAUAUUCAAGUCUUGUACUCACUCACUCACACAUACUCCACAGUGAAACGUGUUUUUAUUUUUCUAGGUAUUAAUUCCAUUCGUUAGCCAUUUCCUUUUUUUUCAUAAUACUGAUUUUAGUUUUCUCUCUCUUACAACUCAACAUGCUUUACUCCACCUUUUCGUUGUCCUUGCUCGUCCUGUGAGUUUUGACAAUAUUCCACUACCACUCUCCUCCAAAUCACUCUCUCUCUCUAUCUCAUAUAUUCACACAUGUGUAUUUAUAUAUAUAUAUAUAUUUAGGUGUAUGUGUGUGUGUACGUAUAUAAGCAUACAUGUUUAUAUAUAUGUGUGUGUAUGUGUAUAUAUAUAUAUAAAAAUAAAUAUAUCCUCAGCAAGGCCUCUAAUUUCUCAGCAUCUGUUCUCUUAAAAUAACCAUUAUCUUCAUAUCUUCAUUUUUUUAUUAAUUAGUUUGUAAUAUGAAAUUUCUAGAAGAUAUUCAACUCAUGCAAAGAACAAAAAUUUUUUUUUUUUUUUAAAGUAGAUAAAUUUAAAAAAAAAGAAACUCUCCAAAAAAUGCCAGUAGUGAUGAUAAUAAUAAUAAUAAUCAAAAAGUCAAAAGAAACACAAUUUCUGAAAUGUUUUAGUAUUGCUAUUAUUGUAUAAGACAGCAAUUAGAUUCAUCCAGUUUUCUGCCUUUAGACUUUCUUAUUUGCCUUUAUUGAUAUUAUAAUGCAUCACACCUCAUUGCUGCAAGUGUUGAAUUUUUUUUUUUACCUUUUCUGUUCAGUAUUAUCAUGGUCCUGUUCAUCUUUAUCAUAUUAACAAUUGUUCUUCUGUUUACUGACAUCAUUAACAUCUGGUUAUGUCCAUCAUUGCUGUAAGAUACCAUCAAACGCCUUAGCUCUGCCCACUGUUAUAUAUGAAUGUUGUUUUUUUUCUCCCCCCUCCCAAUUCUGUUCUGUUCACUGAUAUCAUCAUCCUUGGUUUUGUUCAUUUUUUUUAUCAUACAAAUGAUUUUUUUUCUUGUUCACCGAUAUCAUUAACAUGGUUCUGUUCACCAUAACUGUAUGAACAAUUUUUUUCUUUGUCUUAUAAUAUCAUUUACACUUAAACUAUACUCGUUGUUAUAUGAAUGUCAUUUUUCCCUCCUCCUGUUCACUUUUUGUCAUUAAUUUCAUUAACACUUCACUGAAACCACA